AUGUCAGCUGCCCACUGCUUCUUCAGCACCAGUACCUUUGGAUGGUCCGUUUCUCUUGGUCGUCAGAACCUGCAGGGGAACAACACAAAGGAAGUGUCCAGAACUGUUGACACAAUCAUUUUGCAUCCAAACUUUGACACUUUUAGCUUUGACAACGACAUCGCUCUGCUUAGACUUUCCUCACCGGUCACUUUCACAGACUACAUCAGACCUGUGUGUCUGGCAGCCAGUAGCAGUAACUUCAUCAAUGGUACUGAUAGCUGGGUCACUGGUUGGGGAACAGUCCAGGAGGGAGUGUUACUCCCCUUCCCUCAAACGCUACAAGAAGUGGAGGUUCCAGUUGUGGGAAACAGACAGUGUACCUGCCUGAAUGGUGAAGGUUCUAUUACAGACAACAUGAUCUGUGCUGGUUUACUUGAAGGAGGGAAAGAUGCUUGUCAGGGCGACUCAGGAGGUCCAAUGAUGAGCCAACAGGAUUCAAUCUGGAUCCAAUCAGGAAUUGUCAGUUUUGGUGUUGGCUGUGCUCGACCAAAUCUGCCGGGAGUUUAUGCCAGAGUGUCCAGCUACCAGUCCUGGAUCAACUCACACAUCAGUUCUGAUAAGCCAGGCUUUGUCCAGUUCAACUCCAGUGGGCUGGAUGCUGACACCAACUUCACAUGCUCUGGUCCUUCUCCUCCUACUACUAGUAUUAUUCUUACGACACAACCAGGGCCCAGCAUCUCAAGUGCUGAACUGUGUGGCACCUCUCCACUGAACACGAGGAUAGUUGGAGGUGAAGACGCUCAAGAAGGAAGUUGGCCUUGGCAGGCCAGUUUGCAGGAUCUUGGCAGCCAUGUUUGUGGUGGUUCUCUCAUAAACAAAGAGUGGGUGAUGUCAGCUGCCCACUGCUUCUUCAGCACCAAUACCUUUGGAUGGUCCGUUUCUCUUGGUCGUCAGAACCUGCAGGGCAACAACACGAAUGAAGUGUCCAGAACUGUUGACACAAUCAUUUUGCAUCCAAACUUUGACACUUUUAGCUUUGACAACGACAUCGCUCUGCUUAGACUUUCCUCACCGGUCACUUUCACAGACUACAUCAGACCUGUGUGUCUGGCAGCCAGUAGCAGUAACUUCAUCAAUGGUACUGAUAGCUGGGUCACUGGUUGGGGAACAGUCCAGGAGGGAGUGUUACUCCCCUUCCCUCAAACUCUACAAGAAGUGGAGGUUCCAGUUGUGGGAAACAGACAGUGUACCUGCCUGAAUGGUGAAGGUUCUAUUACAGACAACAUGAUCUGUGCUGGUCUACUUGAAGGAGGGAAAGAUGCUUGUCAGGGCGACUCAGGAGGUCCAAUGAUGAGCCAGCAGGAUUCAAUCUGGAUCCAAUCAGGAAUUGUCAGUUUUGGUGUUGGCUGUGCUCGACCUAAUCUGCCGGGAGUUUAUGCCAGAGUGUCCAGCUACCAGUCCUGGAUCAACUCACACAUCAGUUCUGAUAAGCCAGGCUUUGUCCAGUUCAACUCCAGUGGGCUGGAUGCUGACACCAACUUCACAUGCUCUGGUCCUUCUCCUCCUGUUACUAGUAUUAUUCCAACGACAGGACCAGGGCCCAGCAUCUCAAACCUGUUUGCAGUGUGUGGCACCUCUCCGCUGAACACGAGGAUAGUUGGAGGUGAAGACGCUCAAGAAGGAAGUUGGCCUUGGCAGGCCAGUUUGCAGGAUCUUGGCAGCCAUGUUUGUGGUGGUUCUCUCAUAAACAAAGAGUGGGUGAUGUCAGCUGCCCACUGCUUCUUCAGCACCAAUACCUUUGGAUGGUCCGUUUCUCUUGGUCGUCAGAACCUGCAGGGCAACAACACGAAUGAAGUGUCCAGAACUGUUGACACAAUCAUUUCGCAUCCAAACUUUGACACUUUUAGCUUUGACAACGACAUCGCUCUGCUUAGACUUUCCUCACCGGUCACUUUCACAGACUACAUCAGACCUGUGUGUCUGGCAGCCAGUAGCAGUAACUUCAUCAAUGGUACUGAUAGCUGGGUCACUGGUUGGGGAACAGUCCAGGAGGGAGUGUUACUCCCCUUCCCUCAAACUCUACAAGAAGUGGAGGUUCCAGUUGUGGGAAACAGACAGUGUACCUGCCUGAAUGGUGAAGGUUCUAUUACAGACAACAUGAUCUGUGCUGGUCUACUUGAAGGAGGGAAAGAUGCUUGUCAGGGCGACUCAGGAGGUCCAAUGAUGAGCCAGCAGGAUUCAAUCUGGAUCCAAUCAGGAAUUGUCAGUUUUGGUGUUGGCUGUGCUCGACCUAAUCUGCCGGGAGUUUAUGCCAGAGUGUCCAGCUACCAGUCCUGGAUCAACUCACACAUCAGUUCUGAUAAGCCAGGCUUUGUCCAGUUCAACUCCAGUGGGCUGGAUGCUGACACCAACUUCACAUGCUCUGGUCCUUCUCCUCCUGUUACUACGUUGCGUGUGUCAGCUGUGUGUGGCACCUCUCCAUUGAACACGAGGAUAGUUGGAGGUGAAGACGCUCAAGAAGGAAGUUGGCCUUGGCAAGCCAGUUUGCAGGAUCUUGGCAGCCAUGUUUGUGGUGGUUCUCUUAUAAACAAAGAGUGGGUGAUGUCGGCUGCCCACUGCUUCUUCAGCACAAAUACCUUUGGAUGGUCGGUUUCUCUUGGUCGUCAGAACCUGCAGGGCAACAACACAAAUGAAGUGUCCAGAACUGUUGACACAAUCAUUUUGCAUCCAAACUUUGACACUUUUAGCUUUGACAACGACAUCGCUCUGCUUAGACUUUCCUCACCGGUCACUUUCACAGACUACAUCAGACCUGUGUGUCUGGCAGCCAGUAGCAGUAACUUCAUCAAUGGUACUGAUAGCUGGGUCACUGGUUGGGGAACAGUCCAGGAGGGAGUGUUACUUCCCUUCCCUCAAACUCUACAAGAAGUGGAGGUUCCAGUUGUGGGAAACAGACAGUGUACCUGCCUGAAUGGUGAAGGUUCUAUUACAGACAACAUGAUCUGUGCUGGUUUACUUGAAGGAGGGAAAGAUGCUUGUCAGGGCGACUCAGGCGGUCCAAUGGUGAACCAGCAAGACUCAAUCUGGAUCCAGUCAGGAAUUGUCAGUUUUGGUGUUGGCUGUGCUAGGCCUAAUUUGCCGGGAGUUUAUGCCAGAGUGUCCACCUAUCAGUCCUGGAUCAACUCCCACAUCAGUUCUGAUAAACCAGGCUUUGUCCAGUUUAACUCCAGUAGGCUGGAUGCUGACAUCAACUUCAUUUGUCCUGUUCCCUCUCCUCCUGUUACUAGUGCUACUACUGCUAUUGCUACUGCUACAAGUACUACUGCUACUGCUACUAAACAAGUGUGUGGUACAGCUCCAUUAAACAAUCGGGAAGAAGGCGACACUGGAGUUGUACCAGGGGGUACUUGGCCUUGGGCUGUUCGUCUCUCCAAAAACAAUGUUUUUACUUGUGCAGGAACUCUCAUCUCUUCCAGGUUCAUCCUCACUUCCGGACAGUGUUUCUCUAGCUCUAAUCCUACUGCCAGCGACUGGAUUGCAUAUAUGGGCCAGAAACUUGACAAUGGCAUAGAGGAAUUUGAAAUGAUGAUGGCCGUUGAACGAAUUACAAUCAGCGAAAUUACAGGUUCCAACAUUGCAGUGCUACAGCUAACAAAUGCGGUCAGCUUCAGUGAUUACCUCCAGUCUGUGUGCUUGGACAUCAACGAUGCAACAACCUUCCCUUUUGGAAGUAGCUGCUGGGUUGUCGGCUGGCGACAGGAAACAAAUGAUCAAAUCAAUGCAAGCCCUGGUGAAAGUCUAAGAGACAUUGAAACUAUAAUCACAAAUUGUGAGAGUGAUAAUCAGGACAACAUUUGCACUUCAAGCUUCAACAUUCAACAGAUGGAUGAGGGUGGUCCACUUGUCUGCAAGUCAGACUCAUCUUGGUUCCAGGCUGCCGUUGUUACAAAAGUUCAAAGUCGAUCCCUUCGUGCUGACAUUCAGGUCUUUACCAGAACCAAGCGUUUCGAAGCAUUCUUAAGGGAAACAGUUGGCGACCUGCCGUCUCCUGCAGCUUCCUCAUCGGCAGUUAUGCCAGGCUCCUCCAUGAGCACAUGCUCAUACCACAGCCUGAAGCACCAGAAAUGGCUGACAUCUACUGGGUAUGCCUCCUCCCAGGAACAAGUGAAGGACAAGGACUGCUCCAACUCUUCUAUCAGUGAAAGCCCUGGCUGA